AUGAAGGCACUUAUUCUUGUUGGUGGUUUUGGUACACGUCUUCGACCUCUUACCCUUACACUUCCCAAGCCUCUCGUGGAAUUUGCCAACAAGCCCAUGAUUUUGCACCAAAUUGAACACCUUGCAAAGGCUGGUGUCACCGAUAUUGUGUUGGCUGUCAACUAUCGUCCUGAGAUCAUGGUAUCCACGUUGAAAAAGUACGAGCAAGAAUUUGGUGUCACCAUUACAUUUUCGGUUGAAACCGAGCCUUUGGGCACUGCUGGACCCCUGGCAUUGGCAAGAGACAUUCUCGCCAAAGACGAUAGCCCUUUCUUUGUUCUCAACAGCGACAUCAUUUGUGAUUAUCCAUUUGAACAACUCCGUGAUUUUCAUUUGAGUCAUGGAAAUGAGGGAACCAUUGUGGUGACCAAAGUGGAUGAUCCAUCAAAAUAUGGUGUCAUUGUUAACUGCCCCGGUGGAAGCACACAAAUUGAGCGCUUUGUGGAAAAACCAAAGGAGUUUAUCAGCAACAAGAUCAAUGCCGGUAUUUACGUUUUGAGCCCACGGGUACUAGAUCGCAUCGAGUUGAAACCAACUUCCAUUGAAAAGGAAGUCUUCCCCUAUAUCGCCAAUGAUGGCCAAUUGCACACGUUUGAUCUCGAAGGCUUUUGGAUGGAUGUUGGUCAACCCAAGGACUUUUUGAGUGGAACUUGCUUAUAUCUCAGCCAUCUUUCCAAGAAGCAUCCUGAACAAUUAGCCAACACCGAUACCGAUUAUGUUCACAAGGGCAAUGUCAUGGUGCAUCCAUCAGCCAAGAUAGGAAAGGGAUGCCGUAUUGGGCCAAAUGUAGUGAUUGGACCUGAUGUUCAAGUGGGUGAUGGUGUACGUUUGCAGCGAUGCGUCAUUCUUCAGGGCGCAAAGGUGAAGGAUUAUGCUUGGGUUCAAUCUAGCAUUGUUGGGUGGCAUUCAUCAGUGGGUCGAUGGUCGCGCUUGGAGGGCUGCUCUGUUCUUGGUGACGACGUGACCAUUAACGACGAGAUCUAUGUCAAUGGAGGUUCCAUUCUUCCACAUAAGGGGAUCUCAACCAAUAUUACGGAACCCAAGAUCAUCAUGUAA